AUGCAGUCUAUCUCAAAUAUUCAAAUAUCUGGUCAAGAAGAUCACUGGUUUUGGCUACCAAAUGCAAAUGAGAAAUUUACUUUUGCUUCAGCAUGGGAUCAAGUAAGAACCUCCUACUCAAAUUUUGAACUUUACAAUGUGGUUUGGUUUCCUUCCUCAAACCCUAAGAUGGCUUGUUGCUUGAUUAAAAGUUUAUAUAAUAGAUUGGCUACUAGGGACAGACUGUCCAGAUUUGGAAUCACCUCUGCUGAUGAGUGUGUUCUCUGUUCUGGUGGGAUUGAGUCUAGAGAUCAUCUAUUUUUUCAAUGUCCCUUUUCAGCAUAUAUCUGGAAACUCUGCAAACUCAAGCUACAGAUUGAUGCUAUGGUCAUAAAUGACCUAAGAACUGAAGCACUAAAAAUCCAAUCUAAGUUCAAAAUGAAAGACAAAACUUAUAAACUGUCCAGAAUGGCUUUAAGUGCAUCUGUUUGGCAUAUUUGGCAAGAAAGGAAUAGACGUAUAUUUCAUGCUCAACAGAUGCACAAGUUGAUGGUGUUUAGGCGACUCUACGAGGAUAUCAAUGCAUUGCUUAGAACCUGCACAUGGAAGAUUGGUAAUAAGAUUAUCCUUGCUAAUUGGGAAUCCGCUAAGCAUUGUAAUUAA